AUGGAGAUGCAGUCCUAUCAUGCCAAGCUCUUGGGGGAGUUGAAUGAACAGCGAAAGAGGGACUUUUUCUGUGACUGCAGCAUCAUCGUGGAAGGGCGGAUCUUCAAGGCCCACAGGAACAUUUUGUUUGCCAACAGCGGCUACUUCCGAGCCCUGCUCAUUCACUACAUCCAGGACAGCGGGCGGCACAGCACCGCCUCCCUGGACAUAGUCACCUCCGAUGCCUUCUCCACCAUCUUAGACUUCCUGUACUCUGGGAAGCUGGAUUUGUGCGGGGACAACGUGAUUGAAGUCAUGUCGGCGGCCAGCUACCUGCAGAUGAACGACGUGGUGAACUUCUGCAAGGCCUACAUCAGGUCGUCCCUUGAUAUCUGCCGGAAGAUGGAGAAGGAGGCUGCCGUGGCUGCAGCGGUGGCGGCGGCGGCCGCGGCAGCGGUGGCGGCUCAUCAGGUGGACGGCGGGAGCCCCAGUUCAGGCAGGGAAGGGACCGCCUGUGACACCAAGAGCGUGGUCCCCUCUCCGGCCGAGGGAGAGGAGAGGGUGGACUGUCCAAGAGAGCCCCCUCGCAGUGACUGCAGAGGCUGCCACCCCCUGGAACUGGCGGCGAAGGACGGCCAGGGCAGUGGCCCAGCUGACAGUGACCUCUCUAUUCUGCCCAAACAGAUAGAGCCCAAGGUGGAGUUUGAUGCCGACGAGGUGGAGGUGGAGUUGGGCGAACAGCUGCAGCCGUAUGCCACCCCACUCAGCCUGGCCCACAUGGACGAGGGUUUGCCCGGUGGCCAGGCCAUCGACUUGGCUUACAGUAACUACCACGUGAAGCAGUUCCUGGAGGCACUCCUGCGCAAUGGUGCCGUCCAGGGCAAAGGUGACGUGGACCAUCACUUCUCUGGAAGUUUGGAGGGAAGACCAGAGGGUGCGGGAGGAGCCAUGAGUGCCGUGAUGGAUGUCCAGACUGACUGGUAUGGAGAGGACUCAGGUGAUGUGCUGGUGGUCCCCAUCAAGCUCCACAAGUGUCCUUUCUGCCCUUACACUGCCAAACAGAAGGGCAUCCUUAAGCGGCACAUCCGCUCACACACAGGCGAGCGGCCCUACCCCUGCGAGACGUGCGGCAAGCGGUUCACUCGACAGGAGCACCUGCGGAGUCAUGCCCUAAGCGUCCAUAGAUCCAACCGUCCAAUCAUCUGCAAGGGCUGCAGAAGAACCUUCACGAGUCACCUGUCCCAGGGACUGCGGCGCUUCGGGCUGUGUGACAGCUGCACCUGUGUUACAGACACACACGAUGAUGAAGACGAUUUGAUGCCCAUCAAUCUUAGCCUGGUGGAGGCCUCGUCCGAAAGCCAAGAAAAGAGUGACACAGACAAUGACUGGCCAAUCUAUGUGGAGUCUGGUGAGGAAAAUGACCCUGCUGGAGAUGAUUCUGAUGGCAGACAGCAGAUUCGGCCCAACUUGUCAGAUCAAGAGACACUUACGUAG